UUUUUGAAUUAAAGCUCCUGAUUUUUUCUGUAACAAAAAGUUUCAAAGAUAUUUCCCUAAUAACGAUUCGUCAAUAAAAUUGAACAACACAUGCACACCAAAAUGAAUUCACCGGUUGAUCUCGCAACAGUGAACCCCACUCAGAAAGAAUUUUUAUUAUCCUACAUGAGUGAUAAUAAGGACCUCUUUAGAGGAUUCGUGGGUCAACCGGGCAAAAAAGAAGAAAUGGAAGAAAAUUGGGAUCUGCUAGCACAAGAAUUGAAUAAACUCGGCCCCCCUAAAACCAAAAGACAGUGGAAAAUAUACUGGAAAACUCUCAAAAAUAAUCUGAAAUUGCAAAGAAGCAACAGGUUGGUUCCUCCGAGACAGAUUAAAUCAGGCCCAGCCUCCUCAGGGGACUCUGACACGGCAGCUUCGUAUGAUGGCUCGGUAUCAGCAAACUCCAGCAUAAGCCUUCAAAAAAGUAGUUUAGAAACUCGUUGGUCAAGAAAGUCUGUGGAUGGAACCACUGGUGAUGUGAAACUUCAAUUUACAUUAGCGACUUUGAUAAUCAACUUGAAGACUAUAAUUAAGCAAAACAAGGAGCGUUUAAAAAUGGAAAGACAAAAUAGUCAAAAUAUUGAAAAGUUUUGCAACGUGGCGGUUGAUUUAAUGCAGCAUUUUAAGAUGCAAAGUCAGAAUAACUGAGAAAGUGAAACUAACGUACUUAAAAUUUUCGACAUUUCGUUAAAACUAAAUAUUUUGUUUCACUGCCAGAAAUAAAGUGCGUAUUUCAGAAAGUAUUUAUA